AGGUUUUCUUCAUUUUUUUUAUUUUGUCGAAUCUCUCUCUCUCUCUUCAACCCCUCUUCUCAAUCUAGGGUUAGGGUUUCGAUUCUGCUAGAGGUUUUUUUUCUCCCAACUUAUACUUCUAAGCCCUCUCGUCAUAAGCCUUGUUGACUCUUCUUCUUAAUUUGAAGAACUUCGUAGGCUAAGCAUGUCGUGAUUAUCCCAAAUUUCUGGUAAAUUUGAUUUCUGCUACUUCUACUCGUCAUUUUAUUCUGAAUUCGUCUUUGCGUUCGAAUUAUUUCAAGCAAUUAGCUUCAUCUUCGUGUGAAAUUUCAAUGUUUUAGGAUUUGAUUUGGUGUCAUAAAGAACUUAUUUUUCUCGUGAUUUUGCAUCUUCUUUUAAGUUUUUCUGGGCUGGUUUCAUGGCUCCUUUAUCGUUUCACGUGAAUUUCAGUGUCGAUUCGAUUGGGAUUUUGAGAAUAGUUGGGGACGUUUCUGUAUUGCAAAAGAAUCUGUGAAUCUUUUUUAUUCUUCUGAUAUAAUUUUCCAAGGAGAUUAAUCGUUGUAUCCUACUGCUGUAGCUUAUUUGUUUAAGUUUGAUAUUAUUUCUUCAAAACAAUCUUCACAAAUUUCUCAUGUUCGUUCUUAUGUUAAUUUCAGGUGUUUAUUCAAACUCCAUUGUUACAAAGAUUUUCUUUGAUAAGUUAAAGCAAUGUAUACCUCCGAGGCAGCCCCUGAUUUUGUUGUUGACCAGGGCAUGUAUUACCCCGUUGAUGCCAGUUAUGGCUAUUACUGUACAGGUUAUGAGUCACCCGGUGAUUGGGAGAACCAUCAGAUGUUUUUUGGUGUAGAUGGUUCAGAAGUCCAAUACACAGGUGGGCAGAAUGAAAAUUCUCCCUAUAUAUGCUAUACACCUAGUUAUGGAUAUGCACAGUCUCCUUAUAAUCCAUUCAAUCCUUACAUACCUGGCGCUUCAAUUGGCGUUGAUUCUGCUUUUGUUGCUCCUCAACAAUUUUACUCUAUUCCUCCUUACCAGAGUGUUGCAACGUCGCCUACUUUUGUUCCAUAUGCAAUUCAACCUGAGAUUGUCUCGAAUAGCUCUACAAACUCUUUGGUUGAGACUGGUUCAGCUAAUAGGGGUCGAUCUGAUGGGAGAGGGUCAAGGCAGAGAAGUGGCACCGCUACUGCCGGACUCCAAAGGAAUGAUCCGAAACUUCCUGCAGGGAACUCUUUGGGCAAGAUCUCGGAGAAACCAAGGCCUAAUUCUGGACAAAGCAGACAGUCAGAAAUGGACAAGAGUGAUUCUACUUCAUCAUCAGGACAAGCUCGCCAGGGAAGAGUUACCUCCGUCAGUGCUCAACCUGUUGACGUGGUUUCCAGUAGCAGAGUAUCGUCUUUUAGGCAAUUAGACAUUGCUCCACCUCAACUUAAUGAUUUUUCAAAAAUUGCAACAAACAAUAACAAUAUUCGGCCCAAGCUGUAUGGUGGCCAUGCAAAUAUAAUUCCUGAUACAGUCCGUGAACAAAAUCGAGGUCGAAGAUCGAGAGCAUUGGGAAAUCAACUUAUUGUUAAAGCUUAUACAACAAAAGCUGGAAAUGCUGAUGCCGAGGGAAAUAUUGUGAUCAAUCCUUCUCAGUAUAAUAAAGAGGAUCUCCGAAUCGAUUACAGCAAUGCCAAGUUUUUUGUGAUUAAAUCGUAUAGUGAAGAUGACGUUCACAAGAGCAUCAAAUACAAUGUUUGGUCAUCAACUUUGCAUGGGAACAAGAAAUUGCAGAGUGCGUAUGAAGAUGCUCAGAGAAUAGCCACCGAGAAGUCUUGUGAAUGCCCGAUAUUCUUGUUCUUUUCUGUUAAUGCCAGUGGUUUGUUCUGUGGCAUGGCUGAGAUGACUGGUCCAGUUUCUUUUGAUAAAGACAUGGAUUUUUGGCAGCAAGACAAAUGGAGUGGAAGCUUUCCCGUCAAAUGGCACAUCAUAAAAGAUGUUCCCAAUAGCUAUUUCAGGCACAUCAUACUACAGAACAAUGAGAAUAAGCCGGUCACCAACAGUCGAGACACACAAGAGAUAAUGCUGAAACAAGGUCUGGAAGUGCUAAAAAUAUUUAAAGAUCAUAUGGAAAGGACUUCAUUGCUAGAUGAUUUUGUGUACUACGAAAGCCGACAGAGAGUCAUGCAGGAUGAGAGAACCAGGCUGCCGUACAGGACCUUUCUUAACGAUUUACCAUUACCCAGGCCAGAUCUCUCUGAUAGAAACAAGAAAACCCCCUUGGAAUCCUUCAAGAAACCUUCAGUAAUCUCUGCAAAAACCGAGGAGCUUCCUUCAAAGUCAGAGGGGAAUGAGGAGACCACUGUAAAAGAAGGUAAUGAAGAAGAUACUUCUUCCACUCAGAAGAAGAUCAGCUCACUCACCAUUGACCCGAGUGGUACAGACUCUAACCCGACUACUGUUUCUCACCUGAACCAGAAGAGUCAAGCCAAGUCUAAACCGAACUCCUCUGGCUCUCUCAAGAAGACAGACCCCUCUGAAGUGGUUGAUGCUUCUCUCUCGGAUAAAAAUGACUCUUUCAAAGUUACCGGGUCUCCUGCAAUCUUAACAGUCGGUACUAUUCCUCUGGACCCCAAGUCACUUCAGAAGUAAACCACCCCCACGGGUUUGGUUUAUUCUCUGUUUCCUUACAUUUAUUCUUCUCUCUAAAGUCUAAAGUUGAUCCUGCUUCAUCAUACAAGCCAAUGUGGUAUGAAGAGAGGGUUCUGUUUGUAUAGAUGAGUCUUGACUUGAUAAUCCGUGAUUCGAUCAAACGCCAAAAAGAGAAUUGUUGAGGGUUGAGGUUUGCGGUUAGUGGUUGCGUUUCGGUUAUUUUGGAUGUCCUUGAGAGAGCUGUACUCUGAGCAUUUUGAUCGGAAUUUCAUGUGCUGUUCACUUAUUGUGUUUUUUCUUACUUCCGUUUUUUUCUUUCCUUAUUGUAAAAUUCUGUCUGUGUUCUGUUUGGUUGUUUGUUCCUCCCAACUCAAAGAGUUUCAAAUUGAAUUUUGAGUCUU